AUGCCUGGCGAUCGGCCCCCGUCGAUAGCGGGGACUGCUUUUCCGACGUCAUGGUCCCCCGCCGACCUGGGCGAUGAAGCUGAGCCCACAACACGACAAUCCGUGAAGUUCGACCAGAGGGGCAUUGCCGAGUAUGCCACCUUUACAAUCCAGGAACGGCGGCGCCAACGGGACAAGUCGGCAAAUUGGCCACCAUCUCUGUUAGGCGCCAACGCCGUCCCUGUUUCAGUGCCCUUGGAGACCCUGGAGAGGACCCAGUCUACUCUUGACCUCCACGCCAUGAUGGGUCAUUCGAUAUACAUGGUGAAGCGGCGACGCCGGCUAGACGGCUCAAGGCGCGCGACGGGCCUCCCGUGGACAUUCGACGUCGACGACGAGUUUCCCCUCACGCCCUAUACGAUAGCACAAAUUAUCGACUGCUAUCACAAACAGGGGCCUGUCGAUCAUGGCAACGACGAGACCUGGGCAGCAGCCGAAGACUUUGUCGAGGAACUGAAGUUCGGCGGCCGCGGCGCCGCCCUGCACGCCUUGAUGACGACCCUUCGCAAUGGCCGUGGCGCCAGCGCCUAUGCGAAUGCGCAUCCUGAGGACUUCCAUGGCAUCGAUGACCUGGUCAUGCAAACGAUGAAGCUGGACAUGGCGUCGGCAGCGACACCGCCACCGCCAGACGUCGGAUGGGAAGAAGUGUGCGCCAAGUACGGCCUUGACCCGCGGCACUUGUCCCUGUACCCGAACCAGGGCGUGCAACCACUCACGCCACACCAAGUUGCGGACCUGGACAUCCUCAUGCACCGCGUCGAAGCAGGCCUCAGUAUCAUGCUGAGCAAUGACAGUGGCCUCGGCAAGACUCGGGAGCUCUACGCUCUUGUCGUCCUGCACACCCGCCUUUUGGAGAAAAAGCGCACCUACGACAGCACUGUGGCGUUCAAGCCUUCCCUCAUCAUCAGCACUGUUCCGAAGAUCGAGCAGACAGCGCAGGAGUCGACACACUUCCCGGACAUCACUCUCUUUGUGUACUACUGCGAUUCUGGCCCGAGUGGCUCUGCUCAGAACACGCGUCACGUCGGAAACCUGAGUUCCAUUUUGGAGAAGGUGGACCCCGCGGACCCCAAGACUGGCAGAACGGUCAUUCUCACGACCUACCAGACUCUGCAAUUGACGGAAGUUUCGGUUUCUGAAUCGCCGUUUGUCUUUCGCCAAAAGGUGCAACCUCAAGCAUGUCGGCCGCAGGGACAUGAUGCCACAAGCGAGGAUGACGCCGACGAGAGAGCCGUCGCCCUUCGCUAUGAAACGGAUCAAGAGGUGUUGUGGCGAUGCCAGAACACACCUCGCGUAUCCAACCCAAGAAGCGAAUCCUUGCCCCGAGCGCUCAGCGGCACAUAUCCAUGGCAUUCGGUGAUGUUUGUGGAAGCAGGAGACGUCCCUGAGUCGGACGGCAUUUCGACCAAGUACAGCCUGCGCAACCCAGGAUUAAAUAACCACCAGUUCGAAUUCCUCAUCGUCGACGAGGCCCACGUGGCGUGCCAGUUGAAUGGCGCAUUCAACAACACGCUGAGGCUCUUCAACUGGGAAAAGUUGCUCUGGGUUACCGGAAUGGUCCUCACGAGGAGCCUGCGGGAAAUACUGAGCCCAACCUACCUGAUGAGCCAAAAACUGGGCUUUACAGUAUCAGACUGGCACACGCUAGGACUCGGUGACUUGCAGCUCCUCUUUCACCCGGCCUACGACCCUACCGCACUCACCAACGACAUUGACGACCUUCGCUGUGGUGGGCUGCUCCAUCCCAAGUCCCCCUUUAUGGGCGAAAUCGAUGGACAUGUUUGCAAGCGGCUGUGGGACGAGCAUGGUGUCCGGGCCUGGAUGAUCAAUACUUACCUGAUCAACGAGGUUGGAGAGGCACGAGGUUGGGGUUUCCAGGUCGGAGCCAACGUCAUACGACCACUUCUGGAUAUGCUGUCUCUGCGGCGGACAUUCAACACACCAAUCACCCUGCCCGCGGGCAAGACGGUAUACCCUGCUCGGCAGUUGCCUCCCAUGAGCGUGUUGACGGAGGAGGUAGCAUUUUCCAAGGAAAGGGUCCCUGGAAUGCGCAAGGUAGUGCGCACCCAGGGCAGUGUCAUGGCCGAGAGCUUCUUGUCAUGUGGCGGCAGCGGCAGCCUCAGCUUGGCGGCCCAUCGCAUUGGCCAAUACGUCGCGCAUGAUUACCGAGCGCUGCAGCUCAUUAUCCAGCAGGAUUCUUGCCUCGACGUGUUCGGCCCCAAUCUUGAGGAGUCAGCGCGGUUUCUUCGGCAGUUGCGCGCUGGCGUCGCCACGAUGCCCUCCCAUACGCACACUGGCGAGCGUUUGGACAACAACGACGAAUCUCCGCCAGUCACGGACCCUGACAACCUCGAAGACAUUCGAAAGCUAGUUGAGAACGCCCCAUGUGGAUUUGCCAGCUACUACGUCAACAUCGCCAAGUUCGAUUUUAGUUAUCCUCCAUUCAUGGACAACGCGAUAUUGCUCGAAUCGAUGCUCUCGAGCAGUCCCGUUAUGGCGCGAGCAUGUCGCCUCAUUGUCCGCCAUGUCCUUGACCGCAACGAGCGAGUCCUGAUUGUCGUUGAAACGGACUUUUUGCAGGAGCUCCUGAUCACGGUGUGCGACGACCUCCUUAGCCUCCGAGUCAAUACAUGCCGUGCCAAGGAUCGCGCACACGACACGUUAAAGCAGGUCAGGGAGUUCAAUGACCCGGACAGCGGCUCGCAGGUUUUCAUUGCCAAUAUGAGCAUGCUUUCGACCGGCGUCAACCUCCACACAUGCUGCCACCUGGGCAUUACGGUAUCGUUCGCGCAAAACGCCAACCUCAUGCGGCAGGUGCAUUAUCUGCUCCAUCGGCUCGGACAGACGAAGCCAGUAACUUGGCAUGCCAUCAAGGCCAUUGAUUCGUUCCACGAUCACCAGGAGCUGCAUUGCGUCGCAAAGCUCGCAAGCCAACUGGCCGCCGAGCUCGACCUGCAGACGGGAUUCGGCGACGGCAUCGAGGAGGUCAUUGUUUUCGAGUGCAUGCGGGCCUACUAUCAUCACUCAUUCAAUCGGCUUGCCUGGGUGCUCUUGAAGCCCUCGGACCCGACGGGGUUCCGCUACUACGCGGACAACACGAUCAAACUUGGUCAUGCAUUGUCCAUCAUCGCCAAGAUGGCGAUUUCGACAGAGGGUAAGGAGCACCGGGCAUAUUUCUUGAGGGACAUAGGAAGGUACCUCGUCCAGACGCUCACCGAGUGGGUCUCCGACAAGCCUGUCGAGGACUUGUACCGUAGGUCGCUCGCGACCGGUGCCGAGCUGUGGGACAACGAGGAGGCCGACAAAGAAAUCGCCCAAGUCCUCGAGCAAGUGCGUGCCAGGUGUGAAGAGGAUGAAGCGGAGGAGGAGGCGCGCCAGACGCACCUUGCGCUUCAGAAGGAGCGAACCCGGCAGCGCGAUGCGUUCAAGGACCCCAACUUUGGUGACGACUGGGAGGUGGAGGAUGACUUCUGGGCCACUGAGGAGUAG